CCAAAGUAUGACUUUCUCAAACCAGCCCUUCUUUUUCCUCUUCUUCCUCUUACCUCUCUUACGUGCUUCGCACCCAAAAGAUUGUUCUUCUUCCUCAUGUGGUCUUCAAGAUGUCCAUGUCCGCUUCCCUUUCUGGCUAGAGCCGAACCAGCCUGACUUCUGUGGCCACCCAGGGUUCGAUCUCCACUGCACCAUUAGUCAAGACACAGCUAUCAACCUUCCCAAGUCCGGAACAUUUCUUGUCAGAGAGAUCGACUAUAAAAGCCAGCAUAUUCGUCUUUAUGAUCCUGAGGCUUGCUUGGCAAGAAAGCUUCUGACCUUUGACCUUUCGGGUUCUCCUUUCUCUGCUCUUUACCUUGUCAAAUUCACGUUCUUGACCUGUCCUUAUGAGAUUGCUACGUCGUCCGGGUUUGACACCAUCCCAUGUCUAGGCAACUCCACGACCUCCUUCUUGGCUACAACUAAUUUAGAUAUCGCGAAAUCUAUGCUGACUUCUUGUCAGAUUGUCAAGACAUUAGAUGUUCCUGUUUCUCGACCGGUUGUUCCUGAGAAACGGAGACUCUCUACUUAUGUCAACAAUCAAGAUCUUUGGCUAAAAUGGGAUUCUCCAAUUUGUAGCAAUUGUGAGAGAGAUCACUUGAGAUGUGGAUUCAUAAGCAACGCUUCUCUUCAAGUCAAUUGCUUCCCUUUUGGAAAAUCCGGCCAUAACAACACGGAAUUACAAGUGCUCAAAAUUAUAAGCCUGGCCAUUUUCGGACCAGUCAUAAUCUUUGCUACGUGUAUUGCUAUCGGAGUUUGCACCUCUGAGAGAUUCACUUCCUGGAGACGACGAGACGUGGCUAUCGCGGCAGCUCAAACAAGCGGGGCAACAGUCACGGCGGGUCUUGACGAAUCUACAAUAGAAUCGUAUAAGAAGGUGGAGCUAGGAGAGAGUAGAAGAUUACCGGGAGUUAACGAUAUUGUGUGUCCCAUUUGUUUAUCGGAGUAUGCGAGUAAAGACACCGUGAGGUUCAUACCGGAAUGUGAGCAUUGCUUCCAUACUGAAUGUAUAGAUGCAUGGCUGAAGAUUCAUGGUACCUGUCCUCUUUGUCGGAAUUCGCCUUCUCCAGCACGUGAAGCCGUCUGAAAUUGAAUAAAAAUUUGGUGUAUAUCUUGUUCAAGGAACAAAACUGAAGCCGAGCUGAUGGAAUACUUUAAGUUUAAGGUUGUAAUGGACAUAGUAGCUAGUUGUUAUGGUUAUUUACACUUCCAUUAUAUUUACUAUACUUUAUCUACAUGCUUUUUAAGCUUUGUUUAUGUAUUGUAAAACAACCAUAGUGAAAGAAAAAGUACCAAAAAGAAUAAAAAUAUUUA